AUGACAUCGGUGAUCGAUUCUCAAGCAGCAUUCAAAGCGCGAGCAAAGGAGCUCAACAUGCAGGCAGAUGUGAUGCAGGGUUUGGAAGGCAAUGGAUUCAGCACGCCUGGCCAGAAUAUCACCGAUGACCAACUGCAGGAUUUCCUUAACAACCUUGGUUGGACCCGAGUGCCCCUGGCGCAGCUCGCUAUUUUGAAGCGGCUCAUCUUUGAGGCCCACGCAUUGAUCAUCCACAGCUUGAAGGACAAGGUUGAGGCUACUGACCAGGCACCAGUGCGAAAGCUCAAUGCUGCUGCGCGCGACGAUCGCAUUUCCAAGCAAGCGGCGCGUCUGGCUGGCGCUCGAAUGAAGGGAGAAUUGGAGGUGGCACACUGCGUGAUCGACGCUGUCAAUCAUCAGCUCGAGCAGCGCCAGCUCAAGUAUCUCGCUCCUCACAAAUGCAUCAAGCGGGAGACCGAGCUGACUGGAUCGAAACCUCAGCAACGGAUCUUCUUGGACAAUGGUUCAUUGGCGAUCAAGGACCAGGAGCUGCACCUCGCCUGUGAUGCAGGCACCGAGCUUCAGGCUUUCCACGCCCUUCAGAGGCGCGCCCUGGCCUACGAUGCUUGCGACACGCGGACAUAUGAUGUGUCCAUGGAGUGGAUCCAGCGGGCCGAUUUUGGCUUUGACCCAGUGGGCGACAUUGAGAUGCGCAAGGAGAUCUCUAAAGGACUUGCGGAUGCGCGUGUAGAAGCAUAUGGGGCCGUGAUCGACCCUGCCUCGCAGACGCUGCGGAUCCGCCCCGGAAAGGCCACAACCACGCCUCCCGCGACGCCUGAAGAGCUUCGGCUGCGUCACCGGAUGGGGCUAGCCUGGGAUUUUGCGCGAACCCGUCAUUCGACCAGAACUUGGCUACCACAGUCAUGCGUGGACACCUUUCGACUGCUCUCGGACCAUGUGCUUGGCUCCCAUGUGGCAGGUGUGAAGUUGACGGCGGAUGGCUAUGAACUUGAGCUGCGUAAAGCUGCCUACCGUUUUGUGCGCGAUGGAAAGAGUUCCUGUUUGAAUUCUGCCAUUGAGAAAGCCAUCGACUCCACCGACCUGUUGAACUUGCAUUUCAUUAUCCCUAUGACGCUCGGCAAGAAACAAAGCUGUCCAGGAGAAGAGGAGGUUGCUGCCCCGCCGCCGCCUGCUCCCCAUCCGGCAGGCAGGGGCGCCAAAGGCAGUGGCAAAAGCAAGCAGAUGUCUUCGUGGGAGCGCCAAUGGGGAAAAGCGGCCCGCGCGCCAGAAGGCAAAUUGAUCUGCUUCAAGUACAACAAGCAAAGUGGCUGCGCUGCAGGCAAGACUUGCCGAUUUGAACAUGUCUGCCAGCGGUGCUUUCACCGCCACCCCUUCUUUGAGUGCCGCUACAAGCGCGAUGCAAAGCAGCUGGGCAAAAGUGUGGGAGACUUCCGCGAUGAACAAGACUGUGAAGAAGCUGCUGGUUUGCGUGAAGUCUACAGUUCUACAGACGGGCAGAACACAGUUCAGGCUGAAGAUUGGCGCUGGGAGCGUACUGGUGAAGGCGUGUGGGAACCGCGUAGCUUUGAAGUGGCUGAAGACAGUUCUGAUGAGGACGAAGAUGGCCACGCCAAGCCACAGCUGGGAGAUGGAGUCUGGGGCAGGGGGCCCCCACUGACCGCUAGAAUGUUUGGGAAAAGGGUGCCAUUUUGCGAUGGUUUCGGCUUGUGCUCACCGGGAAGGUGGUGUCCGAGCAGGCGGAGAUGCGCCGGGGACAUGCCGUCGCUGGGAUUCGCCGAAAGUCUUGGCAAGGAGCUCCUGAAGAUCCUAGUGCGGCACGUGGACCUAGUAAGCUUAGCUGCAAAGCUGUCGCGGGGCAAGGUCUCAGACAACCCGUUCAGUUCGGAAGUGUUGGUUGAAGGACGUGAGCUUCUUUUUACUGCGUUGGAAUAUGCCGGGGCCAAGCUCCCGGUGAGGGAGCGAACAGAGGGGCAGCCCUUUUACAUGGCGGCGAUGGAGGAGCUGCUCCGCCUUUCCGGCGAUCCUGACAGUAGAGUUUUCUUUUCUUCCAGUGUGUCUUUCGCAAAGGGUGUGCGUCUGGUGCCUGGGGUGUGCCUACCGCGGGUGCCUUCAGUCUUUGAGAAAAAGGAGAAGUGGCGGAAAUAUGAUAGUGGGUUCUGCGAGCCUGGAGCUGAGCGGGAAAACUAUUUGUCUGCAAGGGAGUACGCGGGCGAAGUCCAACAGCAGUUCCAGGCGGAGGCAGCGCUGGGUGCCAUGGUCGGGGUGACCACGGCAGAGGCCCGAGCGCAAUUUGGAAAGCAGCUAGCUGUUGCUUCCUUGGGCACGCUCGAAAAGAAGGAUGGCGCGUAUCGAGUCGUGCACGACGGCGCCAAUGGGAUCACAGUGAAUUCUGCUAUUCGGGUGCGUGACCAAAUACGUUCACCGGGUGCUGGCGAGCUUCGCGCUGCGCUCCAAGAGCUACCUGGGCAAUGCUUUGGAUUGACUGGAGAUGUGGAGCGUGCGCAUGGGCUCGUGAAGAUCGCAGCGGCCGACUGGGGAUUGCAAGCGCGCAAAACUGGUGUUGGUGGACGUGACAAGCUCUGGUUGAAUAAAGUGGGUACAUUUGGAAUUUCGAGUGCAGCAUACCACUGGUCACGAUUAAUGUCGGGACUCGGCCGUGCAGCUUUUUACUUGCUUGGGAAAAGGGAGAUCUUCAUGCUUGUCUAUGUAGAUGACCUCUUGUGGCUGGCGCACAACGACAAAGAUAGUGUGCAGAUGGUACCUUUCUUGGGGCCAGUUUACGCGUGGGUAGCCUCCUUGGACCAUCGUCGUGCCUACAAAGUGCCCCGAGCGAUCUCCUUGAUCUUCAAGUUCCUGGCGAAGGCGUUAGGUGGAGGCGGCAGGCUAACUUCUGCUGGGAAGGCGCACGCCGUCGAAAAGGAGCUCUUCAGAACUGAUGCAAAAGCCGAGGGCAACGAAGUCUGGAUCGCAGGUUGGGCUCUAGAUUCUGAGAACACCAAGCAGUGCAGGUGGUUCUCCGAGCGGCUGGACCAUGUUACUGCGCCUUGGGUGUACAUGGCUGGCGAAGCUUAUCGCCAAAUCGCAUCGCUGGAGCUUCUAGCAACGCUAGCGGCGGUGACGUUGUUUGGUGUACCACCCGGAGAGGCAUGCGGAUUCCACUGCUCAGCCGCUACCGACAACAGAGGAAACAGCAACCUCGUGUCGCGGCUUCUGGCCACAAAAUUCCCUCUGUGCAUCUUGCUGAUGGAACUUGCCGCGCAGCUUCAAGACAGGGGAGCGGAGCUUAGACUACAUUGGCUGCCACGGCUGCAGAACGAGGACGCGGACUCCCUCACAAAUGGCGACUACAGGUUUGGUUUGCAAGAUCUCAUGCGCGCAGGAAUGGACCUUUAUGAGGAAGUGCGUGAUUCUCGAGCCCAUAAGAAGGCCGAGGGCAUUUCAAAGCGUCCCAAGCAUUCCUCUUUGCGGACCACUGACCCUUGGCAGUGA